AUGCCCUUUGUCGCGACCGAGAGCACCUGCAAUAGCGAUUUACUCUUGAACCCUCCGCCAGCCGGCACUCAUCGGCCGUCACCGCGAAAAGCGCCUGGCGCGCUGAGCAUCUCCGAUUCCAGCAGAGGAAAACUGGGCUUCGUCCCGAUUACAGCACCUGUUCCUCCAAUGUCUACGACCGAUUCGCCGGCAAAGAGACAAAUGUUCCCAGUAUAUCCUACGGCCCAUCAACAACCGAUGUCUCAACCGGCUCUCUUCACCACCUUUUCGACUGCCAACCCCGAGAGGCCAUCAGUCAAAAAGAAUGACAUGGCGAAUGAGUCGCUCAACGAAAUGUUUGCCGACUUUCCAGAACCAGCAUAUGGAUCCAGGUCCCUGAAAAGGACACUAAUGGAAGCUGCGCCGUUGAAAGAAAGGGUAGCAAAAAAACAAAAGCGCGAUGAAACAGUCACGGUCCACCUGCCGGACCCUCAUGAUAUGCCAACGAUCGACGACGACGGCAUAAAGCCACCGUAUAGCUACGCCACGUUGAUUGGCAUGUCAAUUCUUCGAGCACCGAGUCGACGUCUCACUUUGGCACAGAUUUACAAAUGGAUUUCCGAGACCUUCUCUUAUUACAAGUACAGCGACUCUGGAUGGCAGAAUAGUAUCAGACACAACCUCAGUCUCAACAAAGCCUUCAUCAAACAGGAACGCCCGAAGGAUGAUCCUGGGAAAGGAAAUUAUUGGGCGAUUGAACCUGGGAUGGAAGCCCAAUUCUUGAAAGACAAACCUCUUCGCCGUGCUACAAUGUCCAGCAUUCCUCUGCCUGCUGUCCCUCAACCCGAACCUGCCUCAACUACGCGCCACCCAGCUACUGCAACCUGGAUAGUCCCUCCUCCCCAUGUGCAGCUCCCAAAGGUUCCCAAAGAUUCAAAGAAUGUCGACCUGUCCUCCGAUGCCACUAUACCGGCAUCGGACCCAGAGCUCCAAGAGGAAACGCGUGACGACAGCACAGAUAAUGUUACUACCCAAUUUGUGCCUCAUUCCUCCCCACCUCAGGCAAUUCACUCUUCCCCCCCUGUUGCACCUCAGUUUGUGCGUCAAGGAACUCCUCCCACUCCACUUCAUGCGACAAAGUCGUCCGCUAUCAUUUCUCAAUCACGCAAGCGCAAGGCAGCUGUGAUGAAUGACAGUGGUUAUUUUUCUUCUCUUGAAUCGUCUGCAAUGAGACCGAACAAGGCUGGCCACAUCUUGACGUCGGACAUUGAUAUCGAACCUCCACGCAUCAAGAGGGGACGUGCUGAAGAGGAAAUUGCUAGAAUAAGAAGCUCCUCUCAUGAUAUUAGUCCAAGCCAGGCAGGAACCCUGAAAGAUUCUACCUUCCUGAUCGGUUCUUCUCCUCUUCGUGGCGAAUAUGUCAGCAUGCUACCACCCCCUCUUACUCCAGUAAUCAAGUUCAAGAAGCCUACGAAGCCGCCCCCAUCAGUGUCUCCCAAUACCAACCUACGGAAUCAUCGAAAGAAAAUACAGCAGAUGGUCAACUCUCCGAUCAAGCAUUUGGGUCUCACGGACGAGGACCUUCCAUGGAGCCCGGCCUUCAACAUUCAGGAUGAAACGUUCACUCCGGCAGAGACUUUUCAUCCUGGGUUCGACGUCUUUGCAGACUCAACCACUGAAAAUAUGUCAAUCGCAGCAUACGGAUCGCCCGAGAAACGUUCUGCUAAACGUACACGAAUUGAGGGUAUAGGAACAAACCCACUGGCAGACAUCACCUCAAUGAGCGUGAAUAAUAGGAUGCUGCUGCCUCCUAUGUCAAAUAACAGAUCCAAGUCCCUAAUGUUUCCCGAAUCACCAUCGAAACUGCCGGAUGCCAGCCGAUUUAUCGAUACUGAUCACGAUGACUUCUUCUCAUUCCAUUUAUUUGACGAGAGCCAAGAUGAAGUCAAUGGAGUGGAUCUGCUUCAAGGGUUUCAAAAGAUCGGAGGUGCAACUAGAGAAGAUAUCGUCAAAUCGAAGACUUCUCGACCACAACUUUGCCAGAGAAGUCACACGUCCCUCCUUUGA